AGCCGGGAACUGCAUGGGGGAAAGAGACACGUUGUCUCAGUGACCUGAGUGCGUGGCAUCUAAAGAUGUGCAUUUCACAGAAGGUUUGAUCAAGUUUGAGGUAGGAUUCCUCCAUCUGACUUGCUUAUUUUUAAUGGAUUGUGGCUGUUGAAAAAGGGAUCAACAUGACUCUGCUGGAACCGGAGAUGCUGAUGAUGACAGUCCAGUCAGUGCUGCAGUUGAAGCUCCAGCAGCGACGGACUCGGGAGGAGUUGGUGAGCCAAGGGAUCAUGCCGCCUCUGAAAAGUCCAGCUGCAUUUCAUGAACAGAGAAGGAGCUUGGAGCGGGCCAGGACGGAGGACUAUUUGAAACGGAAAAUCCGAUCCCGGCCAGAGAGAGCGGAACUGGUCAGGAUGCACAUUCUGGAAGAGACCUCAGCUGAACCCUCCCUGCAGGCCAAGCAGCUGAAGUUGAAGAGGGCUAGGCUGGCAGAUGACCUCAAUGAGAAGAUAGCCCAGAGGCCAGGUCCCAUGGAGUUGGUGGAGAAGAAUAUCUUGCCUGUGGAGUCCAGUCUGAAGGAAGCCAUCAUUGUUGGGCAAGUGAACUACCCAAAGGUUGCAGACAAUUCCUCCUUUGAUGAGGACAGUAGUGAUGCCCUGUCCCCUGAGCAGCCAGCCAGCCAUGAGUCCCAGGGAUCUGUACCAUCCCCAGUGGAGGCCCGAAUUGGUGAGCCACUUCCAACCAUCAUGGGGACAUUGCCAGCCCAGGGUACAUCACAGUUACAGAUCACUGUAGACUCCAGUGAAGCACCUUUCCUACCUGAACAGCCACCUCCUCCCUUGCCUCCACCGCCUUUGCUGCCUCCUAAUCUCACCAAUGGAGCUCUUGUUCCUGCUGCCAAGCCCCCACCAACACUUAUUAAGCAAAGCCAGCCCAAGACUGCCAAUGAGAAGUCUCAGCGCAGCAAGAAAUCCAAGGAAUUGAAGCCGAAAGUCAGGAAGCUUAAAUAUCACCAAUACAUUCCCCCGGACCAAAAGCAGGACAAAGGAGCCCCUCUCAUGGAUUCAUCUUAUGCCAAAAUACUGCAGCAGCAACAGCUCUUCUUGCAGCUCCAGAUCCUCAACCAGCAGCUGCAGCAGCACUACAACUAUCAGAGCAUCCUGCCAGCCCCACCAAAGCCUCCAGGAGAGCAGCAGUGCAGUACCAGUGCCCCUGCCGGGCGCAAUCUUUCUACCACAGUCAGCUGCGCGUCUUCAGUAUCCUCCAGUUCUGGUGGGCUGAUGCGACAAAACAGUAAUGCCACAGUGGCCAAGCCAGUGGGCAGCCUCCCUGCCAACCUAGAUGACAUGAAGGUGGCAGAGCUGAAGCAAGAGUUGAAGCUGAGAGCAUUACCUGUCUCUGGCCCAAAGACAGACUUGAUUGAGCGGCUCCGAGCUUACCAAGAGCAGAAUGGCAUGGCCAGUCAAGCAGCCACCACAUCCAAGCCCAGUGCAACAGCCGUCAUCCCAAAAGCUGCUGAAGUGAUGGUAGCCUUUCCAGCUACCAGGCUGAGUACAGGGUCAGCACUGGUCACUGCUGGUAUCACACCAGCAGAGGUUGUCGUGGCCACUGUCACUGGCAAUGGUGUGAUGAAGUUUGGCAGCACAGGCUCAACCCCACCUGUUUCUCCCACCCCAUCAGAACGCUCUCAGAUGAGCACUGGGGACGAGAACUCAGCCACUGGAGAUGCCUUUGGGGAGAUGGUAACUUCGCCUCUGACCCAGCUCACCCUGCAAGCAUCUCCACUGCAGUUUGUGGUGAAGGAAGAGAGCUCCAAAGUUGCCUACUGUAGUGGAAAUCCAGUCCCCAAGUCAGAACAGAGCAGCACGAGCAACAGCAAAGACAUGGAGGUUCAGGAUAAAGACCAGAUGCUGCAGGAGAAAGACAAGCAAAUUGAGGAACUCACUCGAAUGCUGAAACAGAAACAGCAGCUGGUAGAGAUGCUGAGGCUGCAGCUGGAGCAAGAGAAGCGGUCACAGCAGCUGCUUCCAGCCAUGGCCACUGGAGGAGAUGGAGCUGUCUCCAUUCCCAACUCGAUGGUGUUUGACGUCCCAGUGAAAAGUGAAAACGGUUUCCUGAGUUGCCAGUCUGCAGAGCAGCCCAAUGGCCAAACAGACCAAUACACCCCUGUGCUGACCGCUAGCCAAAUGGACACUUCAGAUCCAAGCUCAGUGCCAAAGAAAGAGGUGAUGGUGAAGCAGGAGGUACUGGCGGCAGAAACAGAGCCACCAUGCCAGUCCCACAGUCCACAGCUCUUCCUUGGUCAGCAAGGGGGUGUCCUGAGUGACUUCAUCAAGGGGGCUCCUCCCCCUACCCUCAUCACAGAUUCCACAGGGACCCACAUCGUCCUUACAGUGACCAAUCAGAGUUCAGGGAGGCGGGGCCUCUCUCCACAGGAGAAAGUGAACAGUAGCUGCACAACACUGCAGACAGGUCAAACAUCACCUACUAAAACUUCCAGCCACGCACAGUGUCAGCUCCCUGUAGGCAACUCCCAGCCGCAGCCACAGCCACAGCAGCAACCCAGAAUACUGAACCAGCUUGUCAGGAAGGGUCAGAAGCCAGGCCUGCAAGUAGUCACUGGGCAGAUGCCUCCCACAGUAUUGUCUUUCUCAGCACCUCCAAACCUGCAGCCCUUCUUCCUUAAUGGUUUCCACAAAGGAUCUCUGAAACCUCAUGCUCCUGUCAAAACUGGCCAACCCAGUGUGCCGAAAAAGCCCUCUUCACAGCCAGGCUCUCCCGCUGCCUCCUCCCCAUCGCAGAUGGAUCUUGAGCAGCAGCAGCAUCCAUCCCUAUUUGGGACCCCUUCGUCUCCCCUCCCUGCCCCCUCGGUACCAAUGAAAGAACCGCCAGGCUAUGAAGAGGCCACGAAACAACAGCCAAAGCCCCAUGAGGAGAAUGGCUGUUCAAGCCAGCAGAUGGAUGACCUGUUUGACAUCCUCAUUGAGAGUGGAGAGAUUUCAGCUGAUUUCAAAGAGCAGCCCUCCCCGGCUGGGAAGGAGCCGUCUGCAUCCCCAGCCUGCGCCUCGCCACCUAGCAGCCACCAUUCCUCUGAGCUGCCCCUGCAGGUGUCCGUGGGCCACCCUGUCCCAGUAGGCCGACUGGAGGACUUUCUGGAGAGCAGCACAGGCCUCCCUCUGCUGACGGCAGCCCAUGAUGGGCCUGAGCCCCUGCCCUUGAUCGAUGAUCUCCACAGCCAGAUGCUGAGUAGCUCGGCCAUCCUGGACCACCCACCUUCACCCAUGGACACUUCAGAAUUGCACUUUGCCCACGAGCCUGUUGGGGGAUUAGCCCUGGACCUGGGUGAGGCUAACUUGGACAGCAUGGAUUGGUUGGAGCUGCCGGGGGGGCCUGUCAUGAGCCUUGCUCCCCUCAGCACUGCAGCCCCCAGCCUCUUCUCCACAGACUUUCUUGAUGGACAUGAUCUGCAGCUGCAUUGGGAUUCUUGCUUGUAGCUCCCUGAGCAGAGACUGAAGGGAAUGGGUGUGGGAGGGCUGGGGAGUGUGUGGGGAAAGAGAGGCCAGUCAACCAAAAAUGAGCCCCUAGUAUGUGUACUCCUCCCCCAACAGUGACCCCCAACAGGUACCAGAGGCUGGGGCCGGUACUGCUGCUGUUGGCUUUUGUUCAUGCCAAGCUCCAGGCAGCAGGUCAGGCCCAGAGCGGAAAAUGGGGCUGUUGAAGGAGAGGGUCCACAGGGGCUUUACAACUGGCUGGUUCCCAGCCCCCUCCCCUUAGCCUGGACACAGCUGGGAUCUCAGGUGUUAGCAGAGGCAUUUUAGUUUCCACCCUAAGCUCAGAGAAAUAACAGCAGUGCCCUGCAUGUGACCCUGGCAGGCAGGAUUUCCCUUGCUCAGACUGGCAGGAAACAGUGCAGCUGGGUCUGUUCACUCCCGGGGGCAGAAGGGGACAGGAAGGCAGUGAGCAGCAGCUUGCUCCUAAAAGUAGUUUAAGAAAAAAAAAUAACCAUGGGGUUUAUGCAGGUCAGGAAAGGUUCUUUGGGGAACCUUUACGGAGGGGGAGAUGGGCUGUGGGAGUUGGAAGAUGGGCACCUGGGGGAUGGGGUGCAGGCUUUCUCCUUUACCAGGCCUGAGCUCUCAGGCCUGUCUCAUUUCCGGACAAGGCUACAGCCCAAAGUGACACUCGAGCCAUAAGCUACAAGCUUCCCUCAUCCCCUCUGUUGCCGCAGUAGGGCUGGGUAUGGAAUGGACAGGGGUGGCAGGAGUGGAGGGCCCCAGGAGCUGGGCAGCUGCAGAUGCUAAAGCAUGGGCCUACCCUCCCUCCAGCUACCUGGGCCAGGUCCACAGGGGUGCCGCACUGGGGCCUUUACACACCAGACAGCAGCCAGGCCAGGCAGGUGGGAGGUGGGGGAGAGAGGGAAGCCACCAUUGUGCCUGGGAACAAGGCCAGCAAACUGCUGUGUGGAGUUGAUCAGGGCCCUUCAGUGCGCCACUCAGGCUGGGUAGAGAACCGGGCACGCAGGGGGGCUCCCUUGGCUUUUCCACUCCUCCAAAAGGCAGACAGCAUCUAGCUGUCCCACUUCCCCCACCUGAGGUACUCGGGCAGGUUGGCACUGGCAGGCCCUGUACGUUCCUCCCCACUGUGCGUGAUGAGCUGCGGCACUGAGCCAGAGGCACAAGGGUGGGCAGGAGCUGUGGGGUGAGGAGUCCAGCGUACCCAGACUAGCCCCACACUGCCCUCCUUCUGCACAGCUUUCCUAAAUGGCCUCAGUAGGAGCCAGAUGGGAUGCCUGCCCUCUUCUGCACUCUGCUUGGGGCUGGCACCUGCUGCUGGGCUCCAGCUACACUAAGUUGCUGGGUAUUUGGUCCUUCCAUACGCUAUAUGUGGACUCCAGACAGUGUCUCCCCACCCCCAGAAAAAAAAAAAAUGCAGUUGAUGUGAUCAGGAGUCAGGCCCUCAUAUGCUGAGGCCAUCGCAGACCCUGUGCUCAGAGCAGCCUUCUGCCCAGGGCAAGAGUAUCCAGGGUGUUUGCCCAGCCGGCCUUGGGCACUGAGCAGCAGCAGAUGGCGUGUGUGGGCCCGGUGGGCCAGGAGAGGCUGAGGACUGUGGAGAGCAGCUCGGGUUGGGGGUGAGCAGAAGCUGUUGACACCUCCCGUGAUGCAGCCUGGUGUGUCAGGGCUAUGGCAAGCACCCGGACCCACCUGCCUUGGUGUCUGGUGAGCUGCAGCUCUGCCAGCCAUAUUUACUGCACGAGCCCUAUUGGCGAAGGAGGGUGAGCGCGUGCAAGUCGUGUCAGCUUAGCAGGGUGAUAGCAGUGGUAGCAGCUGCCCAGUGUUGUAGGAUUAGGCCUCCCUAAAACCAGUGUGAUGCCCUGCAGCUGGCCCUUUUUUCCCCCUGCCUGAGGAUUGAGGAUGCCCAAAUCAGGUUAUUGGCCUAGACACUGUCCCACUUCCCUUCCCUUCCACCCACCUCCCUGCCCUGCCCACGAGCGCUUUCUGUGCAGGAGCUGGUAGAAGGGAAGUUGCUGCCUCAAUGCCUUGAAACGAAAAAAGCUCAGUUGUGUGGGUGGUUCCCGUGAAGGUGCUCCAGGCUGUUACGUGCCUGCGGCCAUACCCCUCAGUACGUUAGCAUUCAUCCUGCCUGGUGCACCUCGGGGAUGUGCCCUGUGUUAUGGCCCAGAACCACCCUGCUGGGCUCUUGCUGGCAAGGCUGCCUGGUUUGGGGGGGAGUAGUGCCUCAUGGAGGCAGAGAGAAGAAGCAUUUGGUUUCCACAUGUGGCUGAAUAGGGAAGAGUUGGCUGUCCCCCACCCUUGCUAUUGUAGUGCUUCUGCAUGUGCACCCUUAGUCCCAUGUCUUCUCUCGGUUAAGACUGCAGCUGUGCCCGGCUGGCAUUACACAGGCAGGGAUGGUAAACAUGGCCAAAGCAGCCUGGCGGGACCGAUCAGCCAUCUCCAUCCCAUUUCCAAAGUCUGGGUCCCCAGUGGAAGGACUCUGGUGGACUAAGCAGCUCUAAAAGGGUAUUUGUCAUGUCACGCUGGGCUGGGCAUGUGCUUCUGCAGUACAACCUCUGGGCCUAAGGUGCUCAUGUCCCCCUGUUGGGCUGCAGCUGCUGUCCUUGUGCUCUGCCAAGGUUCCUUUAUCCUUUGGAAGAGAGAGGUAACAGAAGUGGCCAGAUUCACCUUCCCAGUACUUUUGGGGUGUAGGCGUAGUGGUAAAGUAAUUGUGCAUGAGACAGAGGAGGGAACUGCUGAGAACUGGGAUUAGGAGGCACCUGGAUUGCUUCCCAGCUGGAGGGGAAGGUGUAAACACCAAGUUCCCCCUGGCUUUUCAAAGUCAAUAGAAGCCACUGUGAUUGCUGAGCUCCCUCUGCUCUCUCCCCAACCCCCAAGAUGCAGGGGCUGAGUCUUUGGUACAGAUGAGAAGCUUCAGAUAAGAGCAACCUCAGACAAGAACAAGUGCAAUGAGCUUCUGCAGGGAGGUGGUAGCAAAGGUUCCUUGCACUGUGGAAGGAGGGGGAGCAGUGAGGUUCAGGACCCUCCCCUGCCCUCUGCAGUCAUGCAGUGUAGAGCACAGAGGGAUGGUGCUGCUUUGGUCAGCGUUGCAGUGGGUCCCGGGGAUGGGCAGCUCCUGCUGGGAAGGUGCUAGGGCUGGCUUUGGGUGCUCACCUCUCCGUGGAAGGCAAAGGUGGCCUGCUCUUGCAGGAUGGUUAAGUCCCUGGCUGGAGCCAUCGCUUCAGUGCUGGACUGUUUAGAAGGGCUGUUCCCCCAGAAGACCCUGUUGCCCCCCACCAGGAAAAACAAAAGCCUGAUGUUCUGCCUCUACCUUGAAUGUAAAUCCUGACUUUCUGCUGUAACCACUACUUGUUUGUAAUGUGUAUUCGAUUAGCACGCACUCUCCCUUCCACUAUGCAGCAGCUGGUGAGGGGUGACCAGCAGCAUCUGGGGCGAAAGGCAGUGCUGUGACAUAAGAUCUAGUAUGAGCACUCAACUGGAAAAGGACAUUUGCAAA